AACGGACAUAAGAUAAAACCCUCCGUGUGAAAGAAGCCGCGGUCUAAACGAUCCCGAUUCAUAGCAGUUACAGUUUCAGAGGAGUUUAAGUCAAGCCUCAACAAGCGAAAAGUUCAGUGUAGUUGAGUAAGAGAGUGAGUAAAAUCUGUCUUUACCUGUAAACACCUUUGUCGUGCCCGAGGGAGUGCGUGCGCGAGACACGUCAUUUCCCUGAAAGAGCGCCGCUUCCCUGGAAACUUUGCUCGCGCUGCAGCACGUCUCGUGUAAUGAGAGCUCAGAUCUGGAAGAACAUGGGGUUCACUACACGUGGACAACGCUGAUUUCGACAGGAUUAACUCUUUUUUUACUCGAAGCUAUAUUAUGUGAAUACUGGAUUGAAACUCGCGGGCAAUAAUGCGGACACAGAUCUAUAUCACUCUCACUGUCUGGAUCCUGAUUAAAAAAUCUGCUUCAGAGGUUGUGAGUCUCCCGUCUCCUGUGAACGUGUCUGUUCAGUGUGGCAGCUAUGGAGUCAAAGCUCGAUGGGAAUAUCCUGAUCUCGAUCAAGACGUUUACUUCCAGGUGAAGGUGAAAGAUGAGUCCUCUGAAAGGAGCUCUAAUCUUAUACAAAAUCUGCAGUUAAACAUAUCCAGUAUGCUGUUCAAUGCAGCGCACAACCGCUACUGUGUCUCUGUGACGGCCGUGCGAGGAGGAGAGAAGUCAGAUUCGACCAAUUCAGUUAUCUUCAGCUAUAAUACAUUUGCUACCGCCGAUAUUAAGUGUUAUUUGGAUUUUCCUGAGGUUAAACUUUCUCCCAAAGACGGCAAACUUCACGUCCAGUUCACCAACCCUCUUCUGCUGUACAGAAACUCACCGGCUCUGCGCAACCUCACCGAUAAUCUGAGAUACUGUAUCAAAAAAGACGAGGGGAAGAAAGAAGUCUGUGAAACCUGUGAAAUGAAGCAAAAUACAUCAUGCGAGACAUCUGUUGUGUUUUCAGAGGAAAGUGUGUGAUACUUUGUGAAUAUGGGUGUGUUUAUUGGACAGAGGUAUUUCAAUCCCACAAGAAGCUGUUUCAUAGGAGACAUAAGAAGCUAUCCUUCGUUCACCGUGUACCUGUAUCCAGGGCUGGGGGUGGUUUUAACGCUGCUGUUCAUUACCGCCGGGAUUAUCCUGUUAGCGAAGAAGUGCAACUCAAAAAUGAAGAAGAAAGUUCCCUCUAUGUUCCCGCAUUUCUUUGAUUUCGGUGAUACACAAUCGCACCCGCCGAAAACACUGUAUGUGGUGCCGGAUUAUGUGGAGUCACAUUUGCAGAUCGAGGACAAUAAAGAGCAAACCUCGCUGAUAUCAUUGUCCGAUAACAAGGAACUGGAAAGCAGCGACUCAGAAGAUAAAAACUCCUACGGGCCUAAUGACCUUGUUGAAGAUGAGCAGAGCGACCUGUCGGAUUUUUACGACUGCCCACAUGCUCCCAGGCAAAAACAGGAGAUGAGUCCCGGAGAUUUGGUAGAUGGUUACGGAGCAUAACUGCUUUUAGAGGUCUAGAAGUGGAGGAAAGUACUGUAAAGGCAGCAAAAUCCCCGUAUAGAUGUGUAUUGGGAACAUGACAUGGGAUGGGACUGUUCGUAAAAAUACAAGCCCUCACAUGCAUCAUGAGUGGAAUUCCCCCAGGGUUUCUGAUUCGUGGCACAAUGGAAAAACCUGUUUGGCGUUUUCCUUCAUCACGGCACUCCUUUUAUUCGAACUGAAACUCCUCAUACACUACUGUAGGGAAUCGCUUUAUCCAUUUUCUAAGCAUUAUUUGUUCAUUAGUUAUAUUUUUCUACAUACUGUAGCUUUAUUUUCUAUGCGGACAGAGUCUUAUCUUGUGGCCUUUGAACAAAGUUUUACAACAUCUUUUACAAGCGCUUCUCAGGUCAUGUGACUUUAAGUCAUUGGAUUUAUGCUGCGUUCUUGCACAUCUCAUGGGAUUUACCGCCAUUACAAAACAACUGCUGUAUUUCAGUUUGGUUGUCUUGGAAAACUCACAACACCAAAUAGAUCCUUGCUUUGUUGAGUUGAUUACAGAAAAACACUUUAUUAUUACAGUAAUUCACCUUUAUAUUUAUUUUUUUAUUUUUUUUUUGUAAAUGUGAAUGCACCAGCUAUCAUCAACUGUAAAAAAUGUCACAUCAAGCAGAAAUGUACACUUCUGUUCAAAAAGUUUGUGGUCAAUAUGAUUCAUUUUAAAGAACUGAUCCAGCAAACACAGAACGUUCUCCUAACGUUAGUUUUUGGUUCCCGUUUGGUUAUAUUUUGGGAACCAAAAAUUGAUAGCUGGGGAAUAUUUAUUCAGCAAGGAUGCAUUAAUCAAAAGUAUAAUGAGGCUAAAACAAACACUGCUUUUUUUGAACCUUCUGUAUUCAUUAAAAACUACAACAUCAUGAUUUCUAUAGAAAUGUGAAGCAGCACAAAUGUGUUCAACAUUGAUAACAUUCAGAAAUGUUUUUUGAGCAGCAAAUCAGCAUAUUAGAAUGAUUUCUGAAGGAUCGCUGAAAAUUAAUGUGAAUAAGUUUCAUUUUAUAAUAUAAUCAAACUAAAAAGAAAAUAAAUGCAGCCUUGGUGAGCAGAAGAAACUUAAAAAAAAACAUUUAAAAAAAAAUCUCACUGAUCCAAACCCUUUGAACAGUAGUGUGUUUAAGGUGCUACUAAACAUCUCUUAAAGACACUGUCAGUUUGGUUGUUUUUGUAUGAUGCCAGAGCUUUUAUAAAACACUUCCAGCUUGCCAUUUCAAUUUCCAACAAAGACGUGAACAUUUUUGCCAACUCAAACUCAUAAUCGCUGUAAUUCUGACAUGACCACAUUGUAGCAACAUGCUCACUCCAUGAUGAAAACAGGAACUUUUGCGGUCAAAGUUGUUUAUUGUUCAAUCCUGUGAAGGGCAUUCAUGCACAAUACAUAAUAAUGCAAGACAAGAGACUUUCAUCAUGAUGAAAUGACAAGCCAAUUUAUAAAGCCAUCCUCUGUAGAUACAGACAGCUGAUAGUUUGAUAUAAUGUGCCACUUGUAUAUAAAAAAGCGAUUGUUUUUUGUUUUGCUUUUUCAUAUUGUUUUUAUUAAAACCAGACUGGGAUAUUAUGGGAAAAA